UCCAUCCCUAACACAUCACUUCAUACUCUCUCUACUGCUGACACAGCUAGGUCAUGUCUCUUUGCUCUGCCUCCCUGUCUGUUCUUUCUCCCUGAUAUUGAAGGCUUUCAUUGAUGCAUGGUUCCUAGUGGUACACUGGGUAACACUUCGGUCAUUGUAGAGAUCUGAUUGUGCUUGUUGGCACUACUUCAGAGAGCCUUCGACAAUAACCGAGAGAUCCAAGUACAGGCUAAUACGAUGGGGAACGCCAAGAGCAGUGCUAUUUCCAAGGAGAUCCUGGAGGACCUGAAGCUCAACACCAAGUUCACGGAGAACGAGUUGUGCCAGUGGUACGAGAACUUCCAGAAGCAGUGUCCCACCGGACGCAUCUCGCCAGAGGAGUUCGAGACGAUCUACGCGCGCUUCUUCCCCGAUAGCGAAGCCAAGACCUACGCUCAGCAUGUGUUCCGUUCAUUCGACACCAACGAGGACGGCACUCUGGACUUCAAGGAAUACAUCAUUGCACUGCACAUGACCUCCAGUGGGAAGACGACGAGGAAGCUGGAGUGGGCCUUCUCACUGUUCGACGUGGACAAGAACGGAUACAUCACCAAGACAGAAGUGGAAGUCAUCUGCCAGGCCAUCUUUAACCUAAUCCCCAAGGAAGAUCUGCCCAAGUUACCAGCCGACGAGAAUACACCAGAGAAGAGAGCCAACAAACUGUGGGGAUUUUUUGAGAAAUCAGACAACGACCGAUUGGCAGAGGGAGAGUUCAUCAAGGGGGUGACCGAGAACGAAAACGCCAUGCGUCUCAUCCACUACGAACCCAUCAGUGACUAGUCCUCCCUUCUUCUUUCCCUCUUUCUCCUUCACACGCUAUUUCUUCCUCUCCUCCUCUUUGUCAUUGUAUUCUAAUGUUCUGUCUUUCUCUUCUGUGUAAAUACUCUUGUAUGGCGGUGUCUUAAUUGUCUUCACUGUACCUUCUAAGAAAGUAGGGGUUUAUGUUGGUUAUAGUAUACAUGUCUGUCUGUGCAUGUAUGUCUAUUGGAUUGAGGCUGUUUUAUGAAGGUAGAUGUGAUAAAUAUGAAGGUAGAUGGCCACUAUUGUAAUUAGUGUUUGAUUUACAUUUACAUUUAAGUCAUUUAGCAGACGCUCUUAUCCAGAGCGACUUACAAAUUGGUGCAUUCACCUUAUGACAUCCAGUGGAACAGCCACUUUACAAUAGUGCAUCUAAAUCUUUUAGGGGGUGAGA